CUCUAAACACCGUUUAAUAAUCAAGUUUAAAAUCCGUAGGGUAUUCCCCUGCCCAGUAUAAGUUCCUCGUGGUACCUUAUCUUUCAAUUUGCAUCGGAGGCGUUUGUUGUUCGCAGAUGGUUUUCUCUCUCCUCUAGAGUUAUCUUUGUCUCUCUAUCAUCGCGAUUCGAUAAUCUUUAUAUUCGAAUUUAAUAGUCGAUCGAGUUUCUUGAAGUUUCGAGGCCGAAUUAGGGUUUCGGAUUGAGAUUCCCCGGAUUUUUCCCCUUUUUUUUUCACGAACAGACAAUUAGGUUUUCAGAUCUGUUCACGAUUUUAUCCAUAAUUAAAGGUUAAAUUUCCAAUGGCUAAUUCUGAGAAGCAACAAUACGAACGCGAGAUCGAUGAGUUGGAUGGCGUAGAUCGAUACAACGGUGAAGGUUUCGAUGAUUCAUCAUCUGUUGUUGCCUCCUCGAGUGGUGUUGAGACCUCUGCUACACAGAAUAGGGGUUCCGGUGGUGAGGUUAGUCUGACGGAGAGAUUGACGGAUAUUCUUGUAGAUAACGGGGAUGGAGAUCUGUUGCUACAACGGAGUGAUCAAGAGGAUAGGGUAAUUCAGUGGCUUCAGGCUCUGGAUUUGCAAUUUAUGGGAGCAUGCCGUGCUGAUGAGAGGUUGAAGCCUUUGCUGAAGUUGAAUGUUUCAAGCGAUGCCACCGAAGAUCGGUUGGUAGCUCAUCUAAGUCAGUAUUUUGAACCAUCAGAAGUUGCUAUGCUGGCCAGAUGCUUGUGUAUUCCGCUUGUAUCUAUUCGUGUUGGAAAGAUCAAGAAGCAAGGGACUCUCCUGUGUCCGACUGCUGAAAGGGGGAAUUUGAUUCUGAAUCUCUUGCCAACUUCCGAUCUGCGAAUCUCAUUUGUCGGAGAUGGUGGUCACACAGAAAGACUGUUAACCUUGAGUAGUGAUUUGCAGUGCCCUUCUGUGGCUGUUGAAGGAAUCCCAGGAGACAAAUCUGGAAGAUCGUUUCUGAUAAAGGUCCCUGAUGGGCACAUUUUUUAUUUUUGGUGCUCAGAAAAGUCAAAGCUUCUUGGGAUUGAUUUACUUGAAAAGAUGAAGGAUUUACUUGAGAGGAUGCCCUCCCUAGCUGAAUUAUCUGGUAUUAGUGAGUCACGUCUUGACUGUUUCGCAAUUCAUCUCCGUGCGUAUCUUGUCGGCUCAUCAGUGAUGAAUACUCAAGCAAGUACAGUUAUCUCAACAAUUGCUUUCCCGAAUGCCUCAUUGGACUCUUCUGAACGUGGUCAAAGUGCUCUAUCCUCAUCAGCGUUAUCGAAGGCUUCACGUUCUCGACACUACAGCAAUCAAGGAACGAAGCCGAAUUCACUCUAUCAGGGUAGCCUCAGCCCUAGAUCAAGUUCCUUUAAAGAGGGUCAGCCCAGAAACUUAUCUUCCUUGAGAACCGUUGCCAGAGAGAAGUAUAGACGGCGCGAGGAUAACCAGCUUACAUAUAUUGACAGCCUUUCUACUUCUUCAUUGAGCACUGCGGGUGCAUCUAUAUCAAAUCAUUUGGAUGAAGACAAGCUUCCAGGUGCUACUGGAAACUGCCUUUUCCCUCCAUCGAGUUUUCUGGAGUCACUUGGGAAAUUGUCUGAUCCUCCAUUUCCAAGUCUAGAAUCCCGUGCUCCUUCUACAGGUUCCCCCUUUUUCUCUCCUUACUACUGCUGGUGUCCUCCUGUUUCACCAUCUUUGCAAUACACAGUAGCAUGUUCACAGCCACCUAUCUCCUUAACUGAAUCACUAUCUUUACCACCACUUUCUUCUCUACUGCCAGUCCCUAGGUCAUCUUCUUUGUUGGCACCGAAGCUGCCUUUUAAUUUAGCUGAAGUUCCCUCUCUGGAUUUCCCACCUUUCCUUCCUGAGCCACUGGGCAGGUUACCAUUGUCUAUGUCAAGUUCUCAACAGAUUCCAACCUUCACGCCUCUAAUGUGUGAUUCCAUCGUUCAUGUUCCUUUCAUUGAUGUUUGCUCCUCAGGUCAGGGGUACCUGGUGAGUGCAGGACCUGCUAUAUCAACCGCAAUUCCACCACUGCAUCCAAAUCUUGUGAACCCAUUGAUUCCCGAAACUGAAUCUGUGGUGGAGAAGGGUGCAAGAGAGACUCUAAGGCUUCUCAUAAGUAGUUCUAGCCAGGCCAACCCACAGUUGUUGGAUGUGUUGCCUUCUGUUCUGACCCAUAUUGAUGAGAAAGGAAGUAUGCUUGCUGCUGGCAGUAGGGGGUUGUAUACUGGAACCACGGAUGUUGCUGCUUUUGCGAACAGCAUUGCAGCUAUGGGGUUGGUCUCGCUGUCUGAGAGAUCUGACACUGGUGGUUUGAUGAAGACGUGCUUUAGUCGGAGUGAUCUGGUUGACCAAUUGGAGAAAUCAGGUGGCUCUGAUGGGGCAUGUUCAGACGAUGAUGACAAAGUUGAGGGAGGAAAGGAUUGAUCAAUUGGUUGAUUGAAUAGUUUUCUUUCUUUUUUGCUACCUUUUUCGAUCCAGUUUUUGUCCAGAAAGUGUAGAUAUGUGGCUGUAGUUUUUUGUAUGUAAUUAAUUUCAACUCAUCCAUCCAUGGGUGUUGUGCUUUGAUUCCUUUUGUUCAUAGUUAGAAUGUUAAUGUGUUCUGCUAUGUACCUCUGGCUGUUUAUAUUCGUACUCUCUUUCUAGUUCUUUAACAGCUUUAGCACCGACUUUCUUGCA